UGGAGGUGGGUAUGACAGCUGGGCAGGCUACCUAUAUAUGCUGGCUUUUAGGAUGUCAACUUCAGUGUUCGAUAAAACGAAGCAGUUUAAAGAUAGUCGAGGUCAACGAUCAUCCCGAGCUAAUAUAAACUGAAAUGAUGCGAUUUUCCAUUGUAUCGUGCGCAACGUUAUUGAUAUUCGUCGCUGCAGCGAUCGAAACCGACAAGCCUGAUAAGCAAAAUAAAGUAGUUUGUUACUUCGGAAGCUGGGCAGUUUAUCGCCCAUCCAAUGGCAAAAUUAGUAUAUCGGAUUUGGAGCCAAACCUGUGCACGCACAUGAUCUAUACGUUUAUCGGUAUAACCCUGGACGGCGCGGUUCGAGCUUUGGAUCCAUGGGCUGACCUAGCGGAUGACGGCGGGAUGGCUGGUUACGAUAAAUUUAACGCUCUUCGUGGACAAAAUCCGAAUAUGAAAACCCUCAUGGCAAUCGGAGGAUGGAACGAGGGGUCGACAAAGUACUCACAGGUCGUAGGGAACUCUAAGUCCCGGUCAAAUCUCGUCAGUAACAUAGUUGCAUUUGUGAAAAAGCACAAUUUUGACGGGUGCGAUCUUGACUGGGAAUACCCAAAUCAGCGUGGUGGUAGCGAAAUGGAUCGGCAGAACUUCGUUCUGCUCGUUAAAGAACUUAGAAAGAGCUUCGAUCAACACGGACUCAUCUUAUCAGCCGCGGUUGCAGCCGGUAAGAAUUCUGCUAGCCUCUCCUACGACAUCCCGCAAAUAUCGAAGUACCUGGAUUUUAUCAACCUCAUGACCUACGACUUCCACGGGUCCUGGGACGCAACUACGGGACAUAACGCUCCUCUAUAUGCCUCCGCCAGGGACAUAAGCGAAUUGCAGAAACAACUUAAUAUCAAUGCAGCUGUACGAUACUGGCUGAGUCAGGGUGCACCAGCCAAAAAAUUGAUUCUCGGGAUACCAUUAUACGGAAGGAGUUUUACCUUGGCAGAUAAAAAUAAAAACGAACCAGGAGCCGUAGCCAUUGGAGCAGGUCAGGCUGGUUCAUACACUCGGGAAAAUGGGAUGCUGGGUUACAACGAGAUCUGCGAGUUGGAGAGCCAAGGUUGGACUUCCGCUUGGGAUGCGGAACAACGCGUGCCUUAUGCGUAUCGAGAUAAUCAGUGGGUCAGCUAUGACAACGUAAAGAGUGUAACCGAGAAGGCGGAAUUCGCGUUAUCCAUGGGACUCGGAGGGGUCAUGGUCUGGAGUGUCGAAACCGAUGACUUCCGGGGCAUCUGCAAAGAGAGAUUCCCUCUCUUGAAGGCAUUAAAUCAAGUCAUCCGCAACGGCCAAUUUUCCAGUACCAUCCAUCCGCCGUCACAAAUAAUUCAUUCAAACUCUUCAUUUGUCCUGCAAGAAUCUAAAACUCCUAAGCCCCAAGUUCCUUCUUCUGUUCAGCCGAGAACUGUCACAGAAGCAUGCCAAAAUGGGUUCCUCUACGUCAGAGACCCCAAAGAUUGCAGUAAAUUUUAUAUCUGUCAGAAAAUUGACGCUAAAGCAUUCAAGAUAUCACCUUUCUCCUGCAGCGCAGGACUCUACUUUGAUACCGCGAUCAACGUGUGUAAUUACAGGAAUUUGGUGCAGUGUGAUUAAAAAUCUGUGUCUCUGUUUGUGGUAAUUUAAAAUUCAUUAAUUAUUACAUAACUCCUCACUUUCCUUCGUUAUCAUCUCUGCAGUCAUAUAUUUAAGUUUUAAUAAAUUAUGCACUACCUUAUCUACAUCCGUUUUCGAUGUUACACUAUGAGCAUGUUAUAAUAUACAUACAUAUAUUACAAA